GCUCAUGGAUUCUUCUUUAUCUUGCAACAAGAUUCACCAUGUCUUUCCGAGCUUCCGUGGGGAAGACGUUCGCAGAAACUUUCUCAGUCACAUUCAAAAGGAGUUUCGAAGAAAAGGAAUCACUCCUUUCAUUGAUAAUGAGAUAAGGAGAGGGGAUUCCAUCGGUCCUGAACUCAUUAAGGCCAUUAGAGGUUCUAAGAUCGCAGUUGUCUUGCUCUCUAGGAACUAUGCUUCUUCAAAGUGGUGUCUUGAGGAAUUGGUGGAGAUUGUGAAGUGUAAGAAAAAGUUUGGUCUAACAGUAUUUGCCAUUUUCUAUGAAGUUGAUCCAUCCCAUGUUAAGAAGCUGACUGGAGAAUUUGGAGCUGUCUUUGAGAAAACUUGUGAGGGUAUGAAAAAGGAGGACAUUGGGAGAUGGAGACAAGCUUUUGAGGAAGUGGCUACAGUUGCUGGUUAUGAUUCAAACAACUGGGAUAAUGAAGCUGCAAUGAUUGAAGAAAUUGUCACUGAAAUUUCGAAAAGGUUGAUUAGUUACACACCAUCAAGUGGUUUUAAAGAUUUAAUUGGGAUGGGAGCUCAUAUGGAAAAGAUGAAAAAAUUGCUUUGCCUAGACUGUGUAGAUGAAACGAGGAAGGUUGGGAUUUCAGGUCCUUCUGGAAUUGGUAAGAGCACCAUUGCUAGAGUUCUACAUAGUCAAAUCUCCGAUGGUUUUGAGCUGAGUGUUUUCAUGAAAUUCAAACCAAGUUAUGAAAGACCAAUUUGUUCUGAUGAUUACGAUGUGAAAUUGCAAUUAGAGCAACAGUUUCUAUCUCAGUUAAUUAACCAAGAGGAUAUCAAGAUUCGUCAUUUAGGAACUGCACAAGACUUUGUGAUGGGAAGGAAAGUGCUUAUUGUUCUUGAUGGGGUAGAUCAGUUAGUACAAGUACAUGCCAUGCCCAAAGCGGCAUGCCUCGGUCCUGGAUCUCGUAUUAUCAUCACCACACAAGACCAAAAACUUUUGAAAGCAAUUCAAAUCAAAUAUAUUUAUAAUGUGGGAUUUCCACCAGAUGACAAGGCUGUUCAAAUCUUCUGCAUUCAUGCUUUUGGUCAGGAUUCUCCUGAUGAUGGUUUCGAGAAGCUUGCAUGGGAAGUGACAAGGCUUGCUGGUAGGCUCCCUUUGGGGCUUAGGGUUAUGGGUUCUCAUUUACUAGGAAUGUCUAAGCAAGAGUGGAAAGCCGAACUACCAAGGUUAAGGGUUUGCCUUGACGGAGAAAUUGGGAGAACAUUAAAGUUUAGUUACGAUUCCUUGAAUGUCGAAGACAAAGAUUUAUUUCUCCAUAUAGCCUGCUUUUUCAUCGAUGAAGGCAUCGAUCAUACCUUUGAAGAUACUCUUCGUCACAAAUUCUCGAAUGUGAAACAAGGACUUCGGGUCUUAGUUCAGAAAUCUCUCAUAUCCGAGGACAUCUUUUCCCCGAUGCAUAAACUACUAGUUCAAUUGGGUAGAGAAAUUGUUCGUAACCAAUCCAUCUAUGACCCUGGGAAACGUCAAUUUUUGGUUUAUCCUAUGGAGAUCUAUGAAGUACUCACUGAUCAAACAGGUAGUAAAAGUGUUAUAGGCAUAAAUUUGAACUUUUCUUCAAUCGUGGACGAAUUAAUACUAAAUGAGAGAGCUUUUAAAGGAAUGUAUAAUCUUCAAUUUUUAAGAUUCGCUCCCAAAAGAUUGCACUUUCCACAAGGUCUAAGCUAUCUACCUCCAAAACUCAGCAUGCUCGAGAAAUUGUGGGAAGGAAUUCAUCCGCUUAUCAAUCUCAAAGUAAUGGAUUUAGCUUACUCAAGAAAUUUGAAGGUUCUUCCUAAUUUAUCAACGGCCACUAAUCUCCUAGAAUUGAAACUUAAUGAUUGCUCAAGUUUGAUAGAGCUUCCUUCCUCAAUGGGGAAUGCUACUAAUAUACAGAAUUGUACUAUUUUUGGAUGCUCAAGCCUAGUGGAACUUCCCUCAUCUAUUAGAAAUCUCAUUAAUCUCCAAAAAUGGGAACUCGGUAAAUGUUCAAGCCUAGUGGAAUUUCCUUCGACUAUUGGUAAUAUCAUUAAUCUCCAGAAAUUAGACUUUUUUGGAUGCUCGAGUCUAGUGGAGCUUCCCUCAUCUAUUGGAAAUAUGAUUAAUCUCCAUGAAUUGGAUCUUCGUGGAUGCUCAAGUCUAGUGGAGCUCCCUUCAUCUAUUGGAGAUCUCAUUAAUCUCCAAGUAUUGGUUCUCGGUUGGUGCUCAAGUCUAGUGGAGAUUCCUUUAUCUAUUGGAAAUAACAUUAAUCUCAAACAAUUAAAUCUCGGUUGGUGCUCAAGUCUAGUGGAGCUCCCUUCUUCUAUUGGAAAUCUCAUUCAUCUCCAGGAAUUAUAUAUUCGUGGAUGUUCAAGCCUAGUGGAGCUUCCCUCAUCUAUUGGAAAUAACAUUAAUCUUCAGAUUUUGGAUGACAGAUCCUCGUGAAGGGUAUAUUAGCCAAGUCCCUGGUAAUUUGAAAUUCUUUAAGGUGAUUUCUUAACCUGUUGAAAAUCUCCCUUGUGCUGAACUAGCCUGGUUCGUACUUUGGAUACAAGUUUUAUUUCCUAUCAUUUCAAUAUAUCUUGUGUAUGAUCAUUUCAUUUCAAUAUGGCUUGGUUAUUCUGUAAUGAGAUAACGGAAAAAAAUUACUUAUGCAAUUCAUACGUGCUACGUUCUGUGAUGGGAACCCAUUUACUUAAUUAAUGAAGCUUCUGUUGUUGAUCUCUUGUUUCUGUUUAACCAAGAGGACUUAUCACAUGUCUGAAGAGUGAAGAGGAGGUAGAACCGUAGUCGGUAGAAGAGCCAGACCAGUCUCUGCAACAAGUCACUAGUCUCUGCAACAAGCCAAGUUCAACUGUUCAAGGCCCUCAAAAUGAAACUUAAUUUGAAAGUCUCUCACUUUUUAGGAGUGAGGAGUUGGUGUAGUCAGCCAUUUUACUCGUCAGUUAUCUUCUUAUGAGAAUUUUUUCUUGUGUCUAUUGUAAAUCUUUUACUUUACUUCAUAGUACUUGGAAAAAUACAGUUCAACAUAUAACCAGCU